AACGAAUCGAAAUUGUUAUUGCGAUAGCACGUGACGGACGGACGGGUCUUCCAUGGACGGUCCUAACGACACACCGGUGCCACAGCCACAAGAUCACCUGUCACGUCAUCCUACACAAUAUGCAGAGGCUAGUUAUGCACACCGACAUGACUUGGCGGCGAUGGCCCUCGUACCACCAUCGGCUGUUCCCACGAUGCAACAAACCAGUGCAUGGCCAAGUGCAUCGUCCCAGGUACUCGACGUAACCAACACUGUACUUCUGGAGAAGCAACCGUUGCAGCCACCGCGGCCAUCCUAUCUCACAGUACCUGCUACAUCGCUUUACCAACCGCCGCAAAUCCAACAGUCCACAGGAACCCACGUGGCCGGCGCACCGUCGAUGGGAAACGCUCAUGCUUCCUCUCAGCUGCUGACUGUGCGUGUCCCAACCAACGCUCAAAGCCAACUAGUUGGUGCGUACGCCGGUCCCACCAGCAAGAAUCAGCCAGCCCCAACCAAACCUCGACCAGUAAAGAAACCGACGCCCAUGUCGAUCACGUUCAACGGAUCGUUCGAAGACGAAUGCAAGUCCAUGUUGCUCAAGCUCUUGUUCGCAUUCCACGAAGCCAAUUCCUCCGAUCAGGUGCUGGCGGCGCUGAGCGCGUUGUACACGUGGAUCAAGUCGCAGACGUACAACCCUCAACCUGCAUCCGGCGCUGCUGCGCCGCCUCCUCCCCCGCCGCCGUCGACCGUCAUUUCCCUCCCUCUUCUCCGCCACGCCAAGAACGAGUUUGUCCAAUGCAGCCAGAUCAAGCAACGCCGCCAGCCACAUGUGUGGUCCACAGGCGUCGCCCAGGCCUACGCGGGAAUCUUACAGCACAUGCUUCAAUCCAUCACGCACCACACAACGUUACUGCAGCAACAAGUCCAGCAACCCUCGCAGCAACCCUCGCAGCAACCCUCUCGGCCUAGUGGAGCCACGACUCCCCGCCCCCAGCAGCAGCAGAAACUGCCGCCGCCGCCGCUUCCCGUUGUACAGAAACCAGACGUGCUCCCUGAGAAACUCCAGCAACGCAUGCAAGUGAACCUGUCUCAGGCCCACGCACAAUUCUCUCGCGCACAGCAGCAACAGAAACCAACUCCUACCGUGAAAGCUCGCAAGCGGGAGCCGAAAGCCCCGCCGACCCCCAAGCCCCACGUCCCGUGCGUCCAGCCCCCGACGCCUCUGAUGUCAUCUGUCUCGAACGACGUGUUCGUGGACAUGACUCUCCGAACGGCGCAGUCUGGCGGCGACGACGACCAGCUGUACGUUCCCCAGCGCAACAUCACCAAGGUCAUGCGCACGGUGCUACCCCAGGAAACCAAGAUCAAGAUCGCCGACGACGCCAAAGAGCUGAUGCAGGAAUGCGUGACAGAGUUCAUGCUGUACUUGACGAGUGAAACGAGGGACCAGGCCGUGGUGGACAGACGCAGUAAGAUCACCCUCACCGGCCAAGACGCAGUCAAAGCGCUGUACAAUUUGGGGUAGAAUCACAGAUGCUUUCGACUGGUUGGGGCUUAGAUAUAUACUUAGGUUUACCACAUAUGGAGAUCUCUUGACACAGUACAACGAAAAGAUCACGGCGGCGCAAAGGGAAGCCAACCGCACGAAGAACGAACGCCGACUCGCCAAACAGAAAGGGCUGGGGCCAUCGCAACAGCAGCCGAAUGCACCUCCAUCCAUCCCACCGACCCCCCAAUCAACCGCCGAACCAGCACAACCAUCCCCGACGACCGCCGAACCUGCACAGUCCCUCCAAUCAACCGCUGAACCAGCACAGCCGUCUCCCGCAGUAUCAGCGGCAGAUUUACUCGACGUUGCAAUGGAAUAAGAGUUAUAUAUAGUGCACAGCGUCACAGACAGUUUUCAGAGUUCGUUUACAAUUGCAAUCGACUUGGUGCUUUCCCAG